AUGCUGGAACGAAGUUCAACGGGAAGGGCAGAAGUGGAGGCAGGCGGUGUCCAGCGGGUAGCACUAACAAUCCAAGAGGAUGCGGUCAUUGAAGGUGCCACCGCGAUACUGCAGGUUAUCAGACCGCAUUGGUCCCCCAACAGUGUACGAUUUAAGCUCUUCACGGAUGGCAUCACGAACAAGCUGGUGGGUUGCUUCAACCAGCCACAGGCUGGGCCGGAUGAAUCGGCCACACCCGAACCGGAGGAUGUCGUGCUAAUCCGGGUGUACGGUAAUAAGACGGAUAUGCUCAUCGAUCGGUGUAAGGAGACGGAGAACAUUCAACUGUUGCACCGGCACGGUUACGCACCUGCCCUUUAUGCGACCUUCAACAAUGGGCUAGCGUACGAGUACGUCCCAGGUGUGACGUUGACACCGACUACGGUGAAAUGUGAUCGCGUUUGGCCCCUGAUCGCCCGCCGGAUGGCUCAAAUGCACAAGGUGCGUCCGGAAGAUGGCACGCGGAAUGGUACACCAACCGAACCCGUGCCGGCCCUGCCGGGGAAAAUUGAGCAACUCCUGCGGCUUGUACCGGAUCGCUUUACUGACCCUCUCAAGGACACCCGCGUGCGUAAAGUGUUCCCGGACGUGGUAGCAUUGCGGACGGAAUUUGACGACCUGUACGCUCAGCUGCUGCAAAAACACAGUCCAGUUGUCUUCUGCCACAAUGAUCUGCUGCUCGGUAACGUGAUCUAUGACGAGCGGCGUGAAUGCGUCACCUUCAUCGAUUUUGAGUAUGCAGCUCCAAAUCACCAGGCGUUCGAUAUCGGGAAUCACUUCACGGAGUUUGCCGGUAUCGAUGAGAUCGACUACAACCGAUAUCCGACCCGUGAAUUCCAGCUCAGGUGGCUACGCGAGUACUUGAGCGAGUACAGUGGUGACGUAAGCGAAGGAACUGUACAGAGCUUGUACGUGCAGGUGAACCAGUACGCACUUGCGUCCCAUUUCCUGUGGGCUGUGUGGGCGCUCAUACAAGCGGAACACUCAACCAUCGACUUCGACUUUGUGCAAUUCGGUACAACACGUUUCCUGGAGUAUCGCCGAAGGAGAGAGGAGUUUCUAGCGUUAUGCUUCACUGAUUAGCUUCGAUGGCUUGCACCUUUCGUAGUCGCGUCUGUACACUGCCCGUCGGAAGGCGUUCGGUUUUGGAUUGUUUUAAUAUCAUUGUUGCUAGUUGGAUGUUUUGUUUUAUCCAAUCUGAGCAUAUUUCAUCCAAUGCUGCUGAUUAGCGGUGAAAAAAGAACUACAGGUAGGUUAUGUCCCGUUUGUUGCAUUACAUCAUAUCGAAUGCAUGUAGUAGAUAGAUUUCCGUGUAUGAUAAGAAGGUUUGUUUUCGGUGAAUAUUUCAUUCCGAUACUCAAUUUCGAUGCACAAGGCGAAGAGGAGACUAUUGCCAAGGGACCAAAACCCACACCAGAAACAACCCUGCGUUUGUUUUGGUUUCAUGUUGAAAAUUGGUUUUCAUGUUGAUUUUUUUACUACCUGCAUAAGAAGCAAUAAAUAAAACUGUAGAUUGUAUUGGUUACAUUAUUUUAA